AACUUCUAUACUAAGAGUACAAUUCAAUCAUGCUCAUAUAUUGCCAUAUAAGUUCACAAGACUUUGAACUUAUAUGGAUAUUGUAAAAUCAAAUCAAUAAUUGGUGAUUUGGCAUUCACCUUAUUUUCUAACAAUAAAAAAAAAUAUAAUAAAAAAAUAGAAAAAAAGUAACCGAAAACCCAUGUGCUACAAAAUAUGCUGAAAUCUGUUCUUGAUCUGCUUCAACUUUUGUUCCUCAACUCACUCUUCCUUGUCAUUCACUCUAUUCUUUCUUUCGCAUUCUUCUCCUUCUAAUCUCCCCUCAAUUUCCACACCUCAAUCUCUUACUCCAUUCUCUUCCUUGCAAUGUAAUUCUAUUCCUCCUGCCUUACCAAUUUGAUUGAUUCACCGAGUUGCAUUGAUUGAUUCUAACCAAUUUGACUCGUUAAUUGUGAUCCAAUUCAAAUGGGUUCCGUACCAUCUACGCCGCGUAACGCUAGUGUUGUACCGCAGGAUACGGUUGAGUAUGUCAUCGCUACCUUUGUCGGUGAGAAAUCGUUUCCUCUUACCUCUGAAUUUUGGCACAAAUUGCUUGAAUUACCCCUUCAAUUCCAUUGGCCUCCUGAUCGUGUUCGUCAAGCAUGCGACUCUUUGGCGCAGAACAACUAUUACACAAGGCAUCUUGCGAAACUCUUGAUCCACUUAUCAUAUUGUUUGCAAGAUUGUAUUUCAUGCCCUGGUGCUCCAUCCAUUACCUUUACGAAGGCUCUGAAUGCUGCCUACUUAUCUUCAGUUUUUCUGACACAUACAAUAGAAAAUAGCAAGACUGGAAACUUUGAGGAAUUACACCUUUCCCUGGUUGAUCACGAGGUACCAAGUGGUUUGCCUAAAGAUCAAAGUGUUGAAAAUAUCAUCAUCUGCAGUGUACUUAGCUUUAUUGGCACCGUUGAGGCUAGUCCUCGCACAUACCAGCUUCACUGUGAACUGCUUAACUUCAUGAUGGCCGCCAUGUCGACUCAGCUUCUGUCUGGCCCAUCAUCAGGACCAAAGGAUUUCCAUCCAUUUCUAGAUGCUAUUAUGUCUCAGGAAGCUUCUCUGGUUGCAUCGGUGGUUUCUAAGCUGCUGGUAAAUUAUAUUUCCCAAUCACUGAGUGGCUUUAGCGGUGCAUCUUACUCUACCUUUGAAGGGAGUCAGUCUGGUGUCUUACAAAAAGUUGGAUCAGCUGCUGCUAAUUUUGUGUUAUUUCCACUCAAUCUCACUGUUGGUUCAAACAAUGAAGCUUCAAAAAGUCUGUUGGCACAGAGCAGUCUUCAUAUACUUCUUAUUCUUGUACAUUUUCGUAGUGCUGUUGCUGAUGAUUUCAUUAUUGGUAAAAAUGAUGGUAAUGGUGCUUCAGAUGCUUUGCAUAAAGAAAAGACAUAUUUUUGUGAAAAUCCUUUUUGCAAGGCUUUAGAAAACGCAAGGGAUGUUGAAUUUGAUCGGCUUGAUGUUGAGGGGAAUGCUCACAGUGGCCCACUUGCAAGGGUACCCUUUGCCUCUCUUUAUGAUACUUUAGGAAUGUGCUUAGCUGAUGAAGCUGCUAUCCUGCUUCUCUAUUCUUUGGUGCAUGGGAAUGCAGAUUUUCUUGAAUAUGUGUUAGUGCGGACUGAUCUCGAUACUCUGUUAAUGCCUAUCUUGGAAAUUUUGUAUAAUGCUCCACAGAGGACAUCAAAUCAGAUCUACAUGCUGUUGAUUAUUCUGCUUAUCCUUAGUCAGGAUUCUACUUUCAAUGCUAGUGUUCACAAGCUGAUGCUACCAAAUGUGCCUUGGUAUAAGGAACGACGACUGAACUAUACAUCUAUUGGAUCAUUGAUGGUCAUAAUACUUAUAAGAACUGUGAAAUACAACUUAUGUAGGCUACAGGAUGUUUAUCUCCACACUAACUGUCUGGCAGCUUUGACGAAUAUGGCUCCUCAUGUUCAUCGUUUGGAUGCAUAUGCAUCACAAAGAUUAGUCAGCCUAUUCCAUAUGCUUUCUCGAAAGUACACCAAGUUAGCAGAGCUGCAAAAUGAUAAGAUGCAAAUAAAUAAAGUAAACUCCACAGAAGGCGACAACAUGUUGGAGGAUGUGUCCAUGGAGCUGCAUAUUUAUACUGAUUUCUUGCGGAUAGUUCUGGAAAUAAUAAAUGCAAUUCUGACGUAUGCUCUGCCUCGGAAUCCUGAGGUUGUUUAUGCGGUGAUGCACAGACAGGAGAUAUUUGAGCCCUUCAGGAAUCAUCCCAGAUUCAAUGAACUGCUUGAAAAUAUAUUUACUGUUUUAGAUUUCUUCAACACUCGACUGGAUGCUCAAGAGUUAGAUGGUGAGUGGUCUGUGGAAAAGGUGCUUCAGGUUAUAACCAACAAUUGUAAAUCCUGGCAUGGGGAAGGAAUGAAGAGGUUCACUCAAUUGCGUUUCACUUAUGAACAAGAAAGCCACCCUGAAGAGUUCUUCAUUCCAUAUGUGUGGCAGCUUGCUGUAGCUAAAUGUGGAUUUGCUUUCAGUCCCAGCAAAAUAAACUUGUUUUUAGUUGAUUUGUCUAGAGAGACUGCUUAUAGGGGUGAAGGAGAUCAUAAAAAUCAUGAUGGAGAGUUGAGUGCGCAGGAAGUUGAGCUUGACCCUUAGCGGAUGAAGACUAGGGGUUUACAUUUUGAAGUGAUAUUAUACGAAUGUAAAUAUAGAUCUAUUAGCAGAGAAUGUGUAAUUCUUCUUAUUCUUUCUGUCCAUAUGUUGGAGUAAUGUAAAGGGCCUUCCUAUAGUAUGGCAUAUGUGAAUGAUGCUAUGUAAUAUUUCUUAAAGAAUAAAUGCUCUCAAAUAUAUUGAUUCAACUCCCUUAUAAGCGUAACUAAUUUUUGGUUCAAUAAGUGUUCGGGAGCUGUAUUUUAUCAUUCUA